AUCGAUUGCAGGACUCGACCGACCCAUUUACCUGCGCCGCGCCGUAACACAUUCGUCGGCCGCACGCACAAAAUGUAACAACAAUCGGCCCAACCAGACGCAACCCCCAUUCUCAACCGCAAAACGCGCCGGAGUACAAAACCCGCCACAGUUUCCACCCGGGAGCGGCUAAAAUGGACGGCGCCAGCGCCGCAAAUCGGCAAAACGUCAACAACUCGAACGCAAUCUUCUACGUCUCGUUCGGCGUGUGCCUACUGCUCUAUCUCUCCACAUACCUGAUCGGUUCGAACGAUGUGGCUGACCAGGCAAUACCAGCAAGCGGCCCACCGGCACCGCCAAUCGACGCGCCUCCACCACCGCCCGUAAUCAAACGGCGCGUCGCACCACCCAAACCGCCGACGACGCCGGCCGCUUACCAACUCACACACCUUCUACCGGCGAUGCUCGACGAUUACGUUAUCUCCGCCGGCGGCUGCUGGCCGACGGACAUCGACAACGAGGCGAAACACCGCCCGCCACCACCACGCGCUGCCAGCGGUCGCCAACCGGAGCCGAAGAGCGUGAUGGUCGUCUACGUCGCCGUCGCGCUGCUGCUGAUGUCGCUCGGCGCCACGCUGGUGGACUUCUGCAAGGCGAAAACUUGGCCGAUUUGACUGUUUUAAGGCAUACGCGAAAGGAGCUGCUGAGGAAGGAGUCGUUUUGCGCCGCCGGCGACCGCGACUGGAAGAUUACACGUCCGCCGCUGCGGCUAGACUAGAAAAAAACAAAAUACGCAUACAUAAACAAUGCGCAAAAUGUUAUAUGGAGUCGCCGGGUAAGAGACAAACGUUUUCAAUCACAUUCACGUUUCCGUAGCGAUAAUAAUAAAAAAAAAACCAAUCUUUUCAUUGAGUAACUGCGUGUGAUCAAUGUUAGCGAUUCCACGUUGGAAACUCCAAACCGAUAAACAAAUUGGACACGAAUCUCGCCACUGUAUGUAGUCGGUGUAACACAUAUGUAACAUUAUAUAGGUGGUGCCGUUUGUCAUUUGUGUGUCCCGCGCUCGCUUUCACUCUUGUUUUGUUUUUUUUUAACUGUAGCAUUCGUGCUUGCAUUGCUGUAAAUAUUUGCACAAUAAAUGAAUAGUGUUUAA